AUGGUAACGUUCUCGUGUAGCACAUGCAAUACGACUACUGAGGAGUCAGAUAUGCUCAAGCAUCUCUCCACCACUCGUCACAAGAAUGUUAUCUAUGACCCACUACAGGAGACCAUUGCAUGCGAGGAGUGUCUGGACACUAAUAUCCAUCAGCUACUGAUUCUGAGAUUUGGUCUCUCUGAUAUGGCACUCCUAUGUGCCUUAUGUCUUGGUAAAGAAGAAAAGCCAGCCACACAAUACUCCUUAAGUAAUGGAUCCUUACUCAAGAAACUUGGAGAUUAUUAUAGAUUUAGAGAUAUUUCAUGUUCCAUAUGUAAUUCCGAAAAGCAUCUUUCUGUUGGAAAGGGGAAAAGAGGGCAAGUGAUUGUAUGUCGUAAUUGUAUUCCAAAAAUCGAAGAGAAGAUUGAAUUUGUUGCUGAAGAUAGUGACAAUUUCCUUUAUGCUUUAUUGGGAAUUAAAGAGUUUGUACCACCUAAAUCUUCUGGAAAACUGUUUGGAGCUCGUAGAGGAAGAAAAGUUGGCCGUAAGGGGGGGAAACGUGGUAAAGCUGCUGGGGCGAGAAGUGUAAGCAAAGAUGGAGAUGAGAAAUCUUCACAUUUCCAUAAUGCAAGAGCGUCUGCAAUGGCUAUUAAAUCAGGAAAGACAAUAUUAGCAGUGGGUUCAAGUGAUGUAUCUCCACUUCAAAGCAAACUGUCAUCCAAAAAUAAUUCAAGGGCUCCAUCUCGGUCGAGUACUCCAAAAUUUGGACAAAAAUCAGGAGGUAAUACAUCAACCAAGUCCAAUUCUACGACCCCAUCUAAAUCAUUCAAAAAGAGUGAACCAGCUACAAAGACGACUUCUACACAAAAGGCAAAUUCUAAAAAGAUUGAGAACACUUCCCCCAAAGAAAAUAGAAAGGUACCAAAGACUGAUAAUGCAGUUAGAGAACAAAAGCCAACAAAAGCUGGGAAAAAGCAACAAAAUGUUGGAGGCUCGAAAUCCGUCAAGGCCGUGGACAACCAAAAGCCUAGUCAGAAACCAGUGAAUCGGGGUAAGAAACUGGAAGAUCCUCAAAAAAGUGAAGAUAAACAGGGUAAGCAAAACGAAUCUAAACCACCCAUUAAGCAACCUGCCAAAUCUGCUAAGCCUAACAAGCGAGAGGUCUCACUAAAGUCAGAUAGUAAACCGACUAAAGCUAAUUCUGCGAAGACCAAAGUUGAAACUUCCAAGUCAGAAUCAACUAAGAAAACUCCUGGAAUUGCAAUUCCACUGCAUAUCAAGAAGUAUGAAACUUCCCCUGAACCUCCACUUACCUUUGAAUCUAUGACGAAGUACUUCCAAGAAAUGAGUCACAAUCUCUUCUUAGAGGAGAAACUAAGCAUUCAAUUGAGCAAUAACUCCAUCAUUAAUCCAGAAGAUAUGAAACUUGAAUGGUACGCAGAUCAAGACAAGAAGCACAAACAGUUUAAAGUCACAGUUCCCUUAACUGAAGAAAUUUUAAAUAGAUUGAUGAGCAAGAAAAUGCAGCAAAUUAGAAAAGUACCAUUUUCUGUCAAUCAAGCAAUUUUCCUUAUUCUUGGAGAAGACAUUCCAUGGUUUGGAAAUAUUGUUACUGCAGAAGCGAAGAGUGCUCAAAAGGGUCGCCGUGGUGGUAUGAAGAUAUUUGAGAUGGUUGUUGAGUUGUAUAAAUGGAACACUCAACCAUUACCAACUUCAGUUGACGUAAGAUUGUUAAAGAUCUUACCAGCUUCAAUUCCUGUAAGUAGAGUGUUCAUGGCUAUGUCGCGUAUCGAGAAUCCAAAGUUUAUUAAAAUGCUUCUUGGUAAGGAACCAAUCAGACAGAUUGUAUUCAGAAAUUAUCUUAAGUUCACAAAAGAUACUUUUAAUGAUUCACAAAAAGUCGCUAUACAAUCAGUGUUGAACAAUUCUAUUACCGUGUUACAAGGUCCACCAGGAACUGGUAAGACGUCGACUAUUUAUGAAAUUAUUCUUCAAUUAUUGGAAAAUUUAAGCACUUAUCCAAUUCUUGUUGUUGCUGCGUCAAAUAUCGCCAUUGAUAAUAUUGCAGAAAAGUUAAUUGGUAAUCAUCAAAGGUCGAUUCUCAGAAUUGUUUCUAAUGAAAAAGAAAAGGAAUAUACAAGAGAUCAUCCAUUGGGCUCUAUUUGCUUACACCAUAAAGUUUAUGAUUCCUUGCCAAAUAACUUAAAGGAAACUAUCAAUGAUUUGAGAAAUCCUAGAGCAACCGUUAGUCAAAAUCAAUUUAAGAAAUUAUUGACACAACAAAUUGAUGUUUCAGAUACCUUAAUUGCACAAGCAAAAGUUAUCUUCACCACUACUGUUGUUGCCGGUGGCAAUCAACUUAAAUCAGUAAAGAAAUUACCCGUGGUUAUCAUGGAUGAAGCGACGCAAUCAUCUGAACCAACUACUUUAAUUCCUUUAUCAAUGCCUGGUGUUGAAAAGUUUGUAUUUGUUGGAGAUCAAAAACAAUUGAGUAGUUUCUCACAGGUUCCUAAUUUAUCAUUGUCACUUUUCGAAAGAGUAUUGUUGAAUGGAACUUAUCGUACUCCACAUAUGUUGGACACUCAAUAUCGUAUGCAUCCUCUGAUUAGUGACUUCCCUAGAAGAAGAUUCUAUCAAAGUUUGUUAAAGGAUGGUAUUGGUGCUGAAGAUAGAAAGAUGGAUAAGAUCCCGGAUAAUCCUGUUUACUUCUGGGAUACAUGUAGAAAACACCAAGAAGGAAGAGUUAGAAUUGGAUUCCGUGAAGAUAGAGGAUUUACGUAUUCCAAUAAGGGAGAGGUUUCAUUUGUGACCGAAGUAUUAACAAAGUUAAUCUAUGAAAAGGGUGUUAAGAGAUCAGAUAUUGGUGUCAUUACCCCAUAUAGAGGUCAAAGAGAUUUAAUCUCUUCCAUAUUAGUGGAGAAUGAUUUGAUUAAUCCAGAAAAGAAUGAUAUACUUGUGGAAGUUGAUAGAGAUGACAUUUACAAUGACUCAAAACCAGUGACUAUUCAUACUGUUUCUGAUAUUAUGAUUGCAUCCAUUGACGCUUUCCAAGGUCGUGAAAAGAAUUUCUUGAUUAUGUCAUGUGUAAGAUCUAAUGAAACAAAUAAGAUUGGAUUUUUAAGUGAUGAAAGAAGAUUAAAUGUUGCUUUGACAAGAGCGAAAUAUGGUUUGAUUAUAAUUGGAGAUGUCGAGUGUUUACGUAGUGGGGAUUCAUUAUGGAAAGAGUACUUAGAUGAUCUUGAACAGAAAUCGUGCAUCUUUAAAGAAAAAGAUUUCAACUAUUGA